AUGAGCUUUUUCGGAUCCAGCGACUCUACACGAUGGGGUGGUCUUUUGAAACAGGCCAUCUCCAAUGUUGAAACCACUUUUGACUCUUUACUCGAACAACAAAACAACGAACAAGCACAACAGCAACAGCAGCAGCAGCAGCAGAGGCAGCCACCACCACGACGAGAUCAACUACAGGAUGGCAAUAGAUCACAACAAGAUACAGAGACAGAGACCUAUGUGGAUCCAAUCAGUGGCAUGGUUACGACAGUGCAACGACCCAAAAAGAAAAAGCAGGAUAAUCAUGCCACCGCCACCACCACGACUCCACCACCUUCCUCAACACCGCCACCACCAUCAUCGUCAUCACCAACCAUCAAUCCUUAUGAAGCGAAAAAGCCGCCAGAGCGAUCCGGCGAUUUGGCAUCACGACUUGCUGCAGCCGUCAAUGAUAAACCUCGAUCACCCGAUAUUAAAAAGAGCAACAAGGAUACGUCUUUACCACGACCAUCCACAGAAAGUGACAAGGCGUCUGAACCCGAUGUCAAGAAACAAGCUGCAUCAGAUGAGAGCCCCAAAGCAUUGGAUGAGAAAGAGGUAUCCACGACAAAUGAAGAGGACUCGGAGACGAUUACGACAUCACCUGAGAAUGAUGCGGCAAAAGAGGAUGGCAUGGCCAAGUUGAAAGAGCGCGAGGAAUCCAAGGAUGAUGAUGAUGAUGAUAAUCAUCCCAGCGAUGAAGAGCAAAAAGGAUCUGUUGAGAGCAUUGAAAAGGUGGAAAAAGAAGACGAGGAUCAACCCGUGAGGAUGAAUCAAGAGGAUGAUGUGGAAAAGGAUAUCAAGGAGGAUCAUGUCGAUAUGGAAGCGCCAACAAAGACCAUUGAAAAGUCGACCAAGGAAAGUGGUAGUGAUGAGCAGCAGCAGCAGCAGCAACCUGCCGCUGAUAGUAGCAGCAGCCAAUCGGUGGAUAUACCCGAGAUUAAGACUGACAACAAAGACACGAUCCUUCAACAACGUGAAGCUCAGCUAUUCCAAGCUAUGCAAAACAUUGCACAGCUUCAUGAUCAGAUCCACACUUUGCAAGAACAGGCUGACAAGGAUCGAAGGAGCUAUGAGGAUCGUAUCAAAGAGCUAUCAUCACGACCUACGGCUGUUAGUGGAGGAGGAGAUGCACGAUCCGUCAAGAAGCUUGAAAGCACCAUUGAAGAUCUGCAAAAGCAAUUGAAGGGCAAAAAUGAGCAAAUUCAGGGACUGAUGGAAGAAGGUGAAAAGCUUUCCAAGACCGAGCUCAAGCACACCACUGCUAUCAAACGAUUGCGAGCUGAGAAACAGGAACAAGAAAAGAGCUUAGCCGAUUUGCAGAAGAAGAUCGAAAAGACAUCAGCUGACUUGGUGGAGGCGAAUGCAAAGUUGAUGAAGGCAGGGGAAACUGAAAAACGAUCGCAAGAAACUGUCAAGAUGCUUUCGGAUAUGACUGAACAACAAACAAAGCAUAUCAACAAGUUGGAGACGGAUGCAAUGGCACUCAAGAAUGAAAAGACUAAGCUCGAGGCCAAGCUAAAGGAAGCAAAGGAAAGUUUGGAAGCGGAGCGAGACCGAAUUCAUGCCGAGUCAAAAGAAGCACAUGCAGCUGUUCUUGAAAAGGAAGUCAAUACCACAAAGAAGCUUCGUGAAGAGUUGCAAGAAGCACAUAAAAAGGCAGAUGAACAAGAGCAGCGGCUCAAGGAUCAGAUUGGUGAAUUGCAAAAGGCGUUACAAACCACACAAUCUCAAGCUGGUGAACGAGAGGAUAGUCUGCGUAAUGAGAUAUCUGAAUUACAACAACGCGUACGACAGCUUGAAGCUGAGACUGAGGAUGUUGACAGCACUGUAGCAGAAGCAACUUCAUCUUUGUUACAGCAAAUUGAAGCACUCCAAACACAACACUCCAUAGCCAUCAAGCAUCGAGAUCAAUCAGAGCAAAGUAUCAUUUUACGGUUGCAGAAUGCAGAGAGUGAAAGAGAUGAAGCCAAGAGCAAGUUAAAUGAGAUGGAGCAGCAAUUAGCGGAUAUGACAUUGCAAGUGGAACGAAUCGAGCAUGAAUUAGCGGACAAGAAGCUGGAGGCUGAAAAGCAGCGAGCGCAAUAUGAUUCGGAGCGUACGACCUACGUCAAGCAAUCAGAGGAGGUGGAACAGCUUCGACAGAUGAUGGAGGAGCAUAAAGCCAAGGAAGAGGAGCUCGAGAAUACCAUCAAGGUGCGCUAUCAAAAGUUAAUGAAGGAGCGAUUACAAGAGGAGAAGCGACAAUGGGAGCAAAAGUAUAAGCCUGAGAGAUCAAGUCCUAUACGAAAGAACAUAAAGGCUAUGGAUUCAGAAACUAGUUCAUAUGAGAGUUCUCCUUCGGAAUCACCUUUCAACAAGGUCGCUGCUUCAAGUAGCCCUGUGGCAAGUCCAAGGUCCAGCACUGAUACCAAUAGCUAUUCGGGUCUUACUACCAUUAGCACCAAUCCAGCUUCGAGCAACAUCAUGCAUACCAAUGUCCGACAUCUCGAGAAUCAGCUUAGCUUUUAUCAAACACAAUUACAAAGCACCACUCAAUCAAGAGACGAGCUCUCUGAAGAAGUGCUACAAUUGACCGUGGAGAUGGAGAACCUUCGAAAGGAAAACAUGAAAAUGCAAGGAUUGGAAAAGCAAUUACGUGAGCUUGAGGAAAGAUACCAUGCAUCAUUGGAGCUUUUGGGUGAGCGAACCGAGCAAGUAGAAGAGUUAAAACAAGACAUUGCCGAUCUCAAGGAAAUGUAUCGUAAUCAAAUAGUGGAACUUGUUCAAGGCAAAUAG